UGAGCCGGAAGUCAGCCACUGUCUGUCUCUGGUCUGUUUACUUUUGCAACUGCUGAAUCCACUUGAACACAAUGAAGGUCUGAUGUGGUCUCAGUCUUCUCAGCACAGGUUGGUCACAAUGUCUCUGAGAUGCUGUCAGAAGAUGUUCCUGAGACUCUCUGGAGGCUCUCUGUCCACCGUGAAGAGCUGCUUGUGUUUGAGACGCUACACUAGAGCAGCUCAGAGUCACAGGAGGGUGGUGAUCACCGGCAUCGGACUCGUCUCUCCCCUCGGGACAGGAAGUGCUCUGCCCUGGCAGCGUCUGAUUGGAGGAGAGAGCGGUCUGGUUGCUCUGGACCCAGAGGAGUAUAAGACGGUCCCCUGUAAGGUGGCAGCCCGUGUCCCACGAGGAGAUAAACAUGGAGAUUUCAACGAAGAGGCAUUUGUGUCCAAAGGAGAGCUCAACAGCAUGUCUCCAGCCACGGUUAUGGCCAUCGGUGCCGCCCAGCUGGCUCUUGAGGAUUGCGGAUGGUUUCCCAGAAGCCCUGAGGAGCAGCUGAGCACCGGUGUGGCGGUCGGGAUGGGUAUGGUGUCUCUGGAGGAAAUCGCUCGGACGGCCUCGGCCUUUCAGACACGUGGCUACAGCAAAGUCAGUCCGUUUUUCGUCCCUCGCAUCCUGGUGAACAUGGCCGCGGGACACAUAAGCAUCAAACACAAACUCAAGGGACCCAAUCACGCCGUGUCCACUGCAUGCACCACAGGAGCUCACGCUGUCGGAGACGCGGCUCGUUUCAUCGUUCACGGUGACGCCGAGGUGAUGCUCGCCGGCGGGACGGAGGCCUGCGUCAGUCCGCUGUCCAUCGCAGGGUUUGCUCGCGCUCGGGCCCUCAGCACCCACUGGAACCAGGAGCCCAGACUGGCCUCGCGCCCCUUCCAUCCAGACAGAGAGGGGUUUGUGAUGGGAGAAGGGGCGGCCGUGCUCGUUCUAGAGGAGUUCAGACAUGCAGAGCAGAGGGGUGCGCGGGUGUACGCUGAGGUGCUGGGAUAUGGGCUCUCCGGAGACGCCAGCCACAUCACGGCUCCAACCGCAGACGGAGACGGAGCCUUUCGGUGCAUGACUGCUGCUCUCCGUGAUGCUGGAGUGUCUCCUUCAGACGUGACGUAUGUCAACGCUCACGCCACCUCCACGCCGCUUGGGGACGCCGCGGAGAACACUGCCAUUAAGAGACUGUUUGGGCAGCAUGCGUACUCACUGGCCGUGUCCUCCACUAAAGGAGCGAGCGGUCAUCUGCUGGGAGCGGCUGGAGCGCUGGAGGCUGCCUUCACUGCCCUCGCCUGUCACCACAGCGUCCUGCCGCCCACCCUCAACCUGGACCGCACCGAGCCAGAGUUUGACCUGAACUAUGUGCCCUGCACAGCACAGACCUGGAGCUCCAGCGGACGCAGAGUGGCUCUCACCAACUCAUUCGGCUUCGGGGGAACAAACGCUUCUCUGUGUCUCGCCAGCGUGUGAUCACUGUAAUGCAGAUGGAUGAUCUCUGUUCAAAUCCACUGGUGUUUCAUUAUGCAACAAUAGAGUCGACAUGAAGUGGAAGCUGCAAUAGUCUUUUCUACUCUAUUGUGACGUUUAAUGUAUAUUUCUUGUAUACUUCAAACAAAAUAUGUCAUUUUUAAACAAAAUCAUAGAGCGGACUCUCUGGGGGAGUUUGUUUUGGCUCCUAAACACCUUUGAGUUUCUAUUGGUCCGUGGGGGUUAUGCAAAGGAAAGGAAAGAUAAAAGGUAGCAAGUACCAAUUACAUGUUUCAAAUAAAUGUUACACUAUACUGCUGCUGUUGUUGUUCUUUCAAGCGAAUUUAAAGGGUACAAUAAAUGAAAUUCAAGUUGAGCGUAGUUAUUUUAACUGUCGGGGGCUAGAUAAAAAUCCUAUUGAAAUAUUAUCAGAUUUUAUAGAACUAGCACAACCGCUGAUUAUUGUCUCAGCUUUAGUUAAGUUGUAUGUAGUUGAAUAACUGUCAGGGGCUAGAAAAAGAGUUCUAGCAUAACCGCUGAUUAUUGCUUUGAGCUAUAACUAAGUUGUAGAUGGGUAACUGUGGGGGACUAAACAGAGAUACUAUUUAAAGAAUAUUAAGCAUGGGUGACCUAUUAAAUAUUAUUAGUCAUAACCUCUGAAUAAUGAUAAGACUGGUGAGUUUGUGAAUGUGGGGUCCAUGUAGACGGCUGUCACGAGACACUAAGCAACGUAGAUUCCUAAUGAACAAGUAAAUAUAAAGUAAAGAAUUAAAUUAGAAUAAUUAAAUGUCAGAAGAAGAAUACUAAUUAGAGACAGGCAAACAACCAAUUUGCCAUUCAACCUAAAUUCGAGGUCAUACUAAAAUGGAGUCAGAUUAGAAUUGAAUAACUUUGCAUGAAAAGACCAAAUAAGCAGGAAACCUUCAGCCAGCAAUGAAUACCUUCCUUGGACCGAGGUGUGUCAGCCAAAUCAGCAGCAACAUGUAUAUAAACCAUUCAGUGUUAUUAAAGAGACACCUCGCACAAUGCUAUUAACAUCAAAAUAAAUCCACAAGAGCAAGUA